AUGCAGCCUCUGACCACGGUCAUAUUGGAUAAUGGUGCCUUUUCAAUCAAGGCUGGUUUAGCCAGAGGAGGUGAUGAUGAUGGUGACCAACCCAAAGGAAACUCGAGAUUGGUCCCAAACGCCAUCGUGCGCUCAAAAGGUGAUAAAACAACGUAUUUUGGCCAUCAGUUGGAACGAUGUCGAGACUAUUCUGCUCUUCAUUACCGUCUACCCUUUGAGAAGGGUUAUCUGGUGGACUGGGAUGCACAAAAAGCUGUUUGGGACGGCGUGUUCUCGUCCGAGGUUCUGAACGCGGACACCGCCGAGUCUUCGCUGCUCAUUACAGAACCGUACUUCAAUCUACCAAAUAUCCAAGAUGUUUACGACCAGUUUGUCUUCGAGGAAUACGAGUUUCAUUCCUAUCACAGAUGUACACCGGCUGCAAUGAUCCCUUUUGGCCGUCUCUUUCAAGCGGGCGGACCAUCGCCAGAGUGCCUUGUUGUCAUCGACUCAGGAUUCAGCUUUACCCAUGUAGUACCUAUCAUCAACAACCAAAUACAAUGGUAUGCCGUGAAGAGACUCGAUGUAGGCGGCAAGUUACUAACUAAUCAGCUCAAAGAACUCGUCUCAUAUCGCCAGUGGAAUAUGAUGGAUGAAACUUACAUCAUGAAUCACGCCAAGGAGACAUGUUGUUAUGUGUCUACGAGAUUCUUCGAAGACCUCGAGACCUGUCGCUCGAAUCCUAAAAAGAAUGUCAUAGUUCAGGAGUACAUACUGCCAAAUUUCUCAAUCAAUCGGCAUGGUCGCGUCAGGCUUCCCAGCGAGGAGUUAUCAGCCACUGACCAAGUCCUUCACAUGGAAAAUGAGCGGUUUACAAUUCCUGAGUUAUUAUUCCGUCCUGACGAUAUCGGCUUAGAACAAUCGGGCCUGGCAGCAACCGUGGCUGCGUCUAUCUCGCUCCUUCCCGAUGACCUUCGAGGGAUGUUUUGGGCGAACAUUGGUCUGAUCGGUGGUAGUACUAACUUCCCAGGAUUUUACGAGCGAUUAUCAUCUGAACUGCUGUCACUCACGCCAGUCGAAUAUGACCUGCAGAUAUAUCGGUCGCAGGACGCUGUGACGGAAGCCUAUCGUUCCGCGCUUGCUUUUGCAAAUGAUCCUGCGUUCUCCACUCACGUUGUCACGAGGGAGGAGUACCUUGAAAGUGGUAGCAAUGCCUCACGAAGGAAAUUUCCUGGGUGGCAGUCAUCAUCUGUACCUGGGGAUCCAGAGAUUAGCAAAAUCACUGCGGAGUCGACGAUUGAAGAACGGGGUCAGCUUAGUCGGAAACCUAGUCGCCCACGAAUGCGCACAACUACUACAUCUGGCCGACGUAAAUAG